UUAACUUGCCCAUCAGACAAUAGUUUGAAUUUUGAAUCCUGGUAUCCUUUGACUCCUACUCCCUUGGUUGUAGGCCCCUUGUCAGAAUCUACAUGGAGAAAACCAGAGAAUCUACAUGGAGAAAACCAGAAAACCAAGUGGAAAGUGCUCAAAGUUUUAGAUGGAGAGCAAAACACGACCUCGAUCGAUAGGCUCAGCAGCUUGCCGGACGACGUCAUAUGCCACAUUCUCUCUUCUCUCCCGACAAAGCUCUCAAUGGCCACAAGUGUUCUCGGAGAAAGAUGGAGGUUUCUACGCGCUCAUGUACCCUGCUUGCAUUUCAGUGAUGACGAUUUCAGGAAAGAAGGUUUCUGGGAAGAAGAAACACAAGCCUCGGAUGAUUUUAGGGAAGAAGGAACACAAGCCUCAGACAUCAUGAGCAGGGGUUAUAUUGCUGCCUUGUUAAAAUUAGAUCUCUAUUUUGUUGUUGUAGAAAGUAAAAUUGGUCAAAUGGAGUUGCGAGAUUCUAUGGAUCAAACAACUGAUUUAAUUGAUGAUUCUACGUUUCUCAAUCUAUCAUUCAGCUAUGGAGAGUGUCACUCUCUGCUCAAGAAGUUUUAUGUUUCUAAUCUUUUGUGCGAGAAUGAUGAUGCGCUUCCUCGCUUUCUUUCCGGCUGUCCGUCGCUCGAUGAGUUGAAUAUGGCAAUCUGCUUUCGAUAUGAUUAUGUCACCUGCAUAAAUAUAUCAUCACCCACUAUAAAGAUACUUAUGCUCGAUAUUGACUAUUUGUUUGGUCCACCUAACACUGAAGAUAGGAUGAUAAUAAAUGCCCCGACACUUAGGUAUCUCCAAGUGCAUGGCUAUGGUUUUCCUUUGGAAUGGAUGACAAUUCCUAUAACCAUGAACUCCUUAGUUGAGGCGGAUAUCCACAUCGUUCGUUCUUACAUGUCAAAAUGGAUUGCAAUUCCAUGGAGGUGA